AUGAAGAAAAAUGGAGUUAUUAUCAUUUUAACAGUGAUGUUCUGCCAGGGCCUGGACUCCAGCCAAAAGGAGAUUGACUCAGAAGCAGGGUCUGCAGCAGUAUUAGUAUCUGAUAUAUGUGAUAACAAGGAUGAUGAAGAUGAUGAUGAUGAAGAUGAAGAUGUUGAUGAUGAACACAAAGAUGAUAAAAUGGCCUUCCAGGAUGCGGAUUGGGAAGCCCAGAUAACAGGAGUUCCUUUUCCUACACUUACGGAGGGUGCAGUCCAAGAGGCUGGCGAGCUAAAGGUGGCCCAGGAUUCUCUUAGGCUGAUGGGCAAUUGCCAGAGUCUCCUCACCAGUCAGCCUCACAAUCAUGAGGAUGAGCAACGGAUACUCUUUGUAAACCUGCGUUGCUGUGCUAAGAUGCACCACCAUUCACAAACAGAAAAGGGGUUGAGAGGAGAGCUGCUCCGUUCCCAUGGGAACCUAAAGAAGGAUGUUCCCCGAUUUCUCAACCUUCAGGGUGCAAUCACAGGAAAAUGGACCAUAAGGGUGUUUUAUGACCCAAGCAGCCUUCUGGAUCAGAAGAUACUAGAAGUUGUAAAACUCACACAAAGCCAGGCUUUGUUAUCAGCAGAAGGCUUCCAGCUACCUCAUGCCUCUCCCACGUGCUUCUCCAUUUCUCUAUUCCACUUUCCGGAGCCCAUCUGGGGCGGAGGAUGGAAUAAAUGGAAUCAGGAUCUGAAUGCCUGGGGUCCAGCUGCAAUGCAUGGAGGUUUCCUCCAAGGCCACACCUGCUCCUCUGGGAAGGACUGUGGCCAGCCCUCUUUAUCUUGGAACCAGGUUGAUCCAGUUUCCACUGCUCUGAGCCCAGGAAGUGGGGACCCUGAGAGGUUGGCCGAGUUGCCCAAGGUCACCCAGGAGCCCGCAGUGAGGCUGGCACCCUGCCCCCAUGGCAUGGGCAGCGCCGGGGCCGGCAGCGAGACCACGUGCUGGCCUGCCCACAGAGGAAGUGAAUCUGGGCAGAGGUCUGAAAUGAGGGGAGGAGCAUGUUCAGACACACAUGACAGCAGAGAGAUCCAGAUGGGUUGGGAGAUUCAAGACCAGACGGCUCAGAUGAGAGAACAGAGCCUGACUGCUGCUGAUUCCUCAUCGAGACCUGGGAACGCAAUGCCUGGUGGGCAGAGAGUGGACCACAUGCGGUUCUUCAUGGUUUUUUGUAUGCUCUUUUCUUCCAGUUCCAAGGAGGGCUUCGGGUCAGUGGAGAAGGUGGUGCUGCUCACAUUUCUUUCGGCAGUCAUCCUGAUGGCCAUCCUGGGAAACCUGCUGGUGAUGGUGGCUGUGUGCCGGGACCGGCAGCUCAGGAAAAUAAAAACCAAUUAUUUCAUUGUAUCUCUUGCCUUUGCGGAUCUGCUGGUGUCGGUGCUGGUGAUGCCCUUUGGUGCCAUUGAGCUUGUCCAAGACAUCUGGAUUUAUGGGGAGAUGUUUUGCCUCGUCCGGACAUCUCUCGACGUCCUGCUCACAACAGCAUCCAUUUUUCACCUAUGCUGCAUUUCUUUGGAUAGGUAUUAUGCCAUCUGCUGCCAACCUCUGGUUUACAGGAACAAGAUGACCCCUCUGCGCAUCGCAUUAAUGCUGGGAGGCUGCUGGCUCAUCCCCACGUUCAUCUCUUUUCUCCCUAUAAUGCAAGGCUGGAAUAAUAUUGGCAUAGUUGACUUGAUAGAGAAAAGGAAGUUCAACCACAACUCUAACUCUACAUACUGUGUCUUCAUGGUCAACAAACCCUACGCCAUCACCUGCUCUGUGGUGGCCUUCUACAUACCCUUCCUCCUCAUGGUGCUGGCCUAUUACCGCAUCUAUGUCACGGCCAAGGAGCACGCACGCCAGAUCCAGAUGCUGCAGCGUGCCGGAGGGGCCCCUUCGGAAGGCAGGGCCCAGCCUGCGGACCAGCAAAGCACCCACCGCAUGCGGACAGAGACCAAAGCAGCCAAGACCCUGUGCAUCAUCAUGGGCUGCUUCUGCCUCUGCUGGGCUCCGUUCUUUGUCACCAAUAUCGUGGAUCCUUUCAUAGACUACACUGUCCCUGGGCAGGUGUGGACCGCUUUCCUCUGGCUCGGCUAUAUCAAUUCUGGAUUGAACCCCUUUCUCUACGCCUUCUUGAAUAAGUCUUUUCGACGUGCCUUCCUCAUCAUCCUCUGCUGUGAUGAUGAACGCUACAGAAGACCUUCCAUUCUGGGCCAGACCAUCCCCUGUUCUACUACAACCAUUAAUGGUUCCACACAUGUACUAAGGGAUGCAGUGGAGUGUGGUGGUCAGUGGGAGAAUCAGUGCCAUCCCCCAGCAACAUCUCCUUUGGUGGCUGCUCAGCCCAGUGACACUUAGGCCCCGGGGACAAUGACCCAGAAGACAUCUGUGGCUCUGAGAGAGAGAGCUAGAUCCUCUAGGAUGCUGCUUGUGCCUGAUUGCACCUGGCAUUCUCCUCAUCACUCAAGGCUUUGAUCAGCUGGUGCAGGCACCUG